AUGCCUUGUGCGUGGACUGAAAGUGUGCUGAACUCAAAAAUGGCUGCUUGCGUUUUGAGACGGGGUUUGCUCUCUGCACUGAAUAAAUAUAACAAAAGCAAUUCGUUAAGGGCUUUAAGUUUUGAAUACAGCGACAGGCACGACAUACACAGACUCAGGUCCCUGUGCGCGGUCUGUAGUUUGAAAACGCAACACUCACGGUUUCUCUCCUCAAGAAAUAGACCAGAGGGUAAAGUGUUAGAGACGGUGGGGGUGUUUGAGUCACUAAAGCAGCACGGGAAAUAUGAAACGGGACAGUUGUUCUUGCACAGUGUGUUUGGAUACAGAGGGAUAGUCCUGUUCCCAUGGCACGCCAGGCUGUACGAUCGCGAUGUUACCCCUCCUGCCCCAGAAAGCAAACCAGACAGCUCAGGAAGUCCCGGUUCCAAAGAGGUCAAGGGUAAAACACACACAUACUACCAGGUCCUGAUUGACACCAGGGACUGCCCGCACAUAUCUCAGAGAUCGCAGACAGAAGCGGUCACAUUUCUGGCCAAUCACGAUGACAGCAGAGCUCUCUAUGCUAUUCCAGGGUUAGACUAUGUGAGCCAUGAGGACAUCCUGCCCUACAAUUCCUCCGACCAGAUCCCCAUCCAACACGAGCUCUUUGAGCGCUUCCUCCAGUACAGCCCCUCCAAAGAUUCCAGUUCUUGCCCCGAGACGCCCCCGUUCACUGCCCGGGAUACGCUGCGGGCCUGGCAGGAGAAGAACCACCCCUGGCUGGAGCUCUCUGACGUGCACAGAGAGACCACCGAGAACAUCCGUGUCACAGUCAUCCCCUUCUACAUGGGCAUGCGGGAAGCCCAGAAUUCACACGUUUAUUGGUGGCGUUACUGUAUCCGGCUGGAGAACCUGGGAGAGGAAGUGGCUCAGCUGAGAGAACGACACUGGAGGAUCUUCAGCCUGUCAGGAACUCUGGAGACCGUGAGAGGCCGCGGGGUGGUGGGCAGGGAGCCGGUGUUAUCGAAAGAGCAGCCAGCGUUUCAGUACAGCAGCCACGUCUCUCUGCAGGCACCCAGUGGCCACAUGUGGGGGACGUACUCCUUCCAGCGGACGAACGGCAACCUCUUCGAAGUUUCAAUCCCGUCAUUUUCUCUCGACAGCCAGGAGCACCCCGAGGGACCCUACGCUUACCUUUUAUAAAAAAGAAAGAGAUUUCCUUUCAAUUGGUGCUAAGAAUGUACAUCCGUUUGUACAACAAGAAGCAAAGUAAUAAGAUCAGGUUUACAAUUGCUAUGUGUUCUCCCCAGCACAAGAACCGAGUUUGGUUUCUUAAACGUUUCUGUGUUCGUCCGUGAAUUCUGACACUCUUGGCAGGAAUUCCAGAGGUAACUAGGUUUUAAAUGUUUGGCUCGGGCUGCCUUCUGGUUAUUUUAUUUAGGAAAAUGGUGCGCUUUGUGUGCUGGGUCCAGAGAUUUGAAUGGUUUGAUUGGGGGGGGUCAGUCGUCUUCCAUGUGUAGAGGUAGAGCAGGCUGAUCUCCAGGGAGCAGCUUUACUAGCAGUCACAUGAUGCAGCACCCUGUCUUUUUACAAUAAUCUCAUUACUAACUGUUACUGCCUUUGACAGUCUACGUUGUAUUGUAUUUGAUCCGCGUUGGCUUUUUAAGACUAACGUGUGUUUUAAUGCCUGUAAUCGUGAGGUGGUUGUUCUCAUUAAUUUUGUUAUUUUAUAAAGGAAGCCCUGUAUUGCUUAAAGAAGCUUCUAACACUCACAGAUGUCAGGAAAUACAAUCUAACACAAAUAGUAUGUGUUCUAUAGUAACAUGCACUGUAUGUGUCAUUUUCUCUAGAAACUCCUGUUUUAUGUGCAUUGGGUAAACACAACUUUAAACACUAGUGUAGGGUUGCAAGGAUCAUUCAAAUUAAUCUGGAGUUUUGAGGCUCAAGUCUUGAUCUUGUGGGUGUGUGUGUUUAGGUCAGUAUUCAGCCCCGUCUCCAGUUUACUAACUUUUCAAAGUUAAUUCUGCGUAGUGACAGAAGUAAAAAAAAAAAACAAUCUUUACAACUUUGUGUAAAUAAUCUUUACACCUUUAAGUGCAAUUUGCAUCGUUUUGUGUGAAAGGAUAUUAAAAGCUGAUGUUAUAAAAUUAAGAAAGGGCACAGAAGUUUAAUGUAAGAAUGAAAGUGUAACGAAGUUGCUGACUAGUUUCAUGACACUAUUUUUAAAACAGUCUCUGAAUUAAUAUUGAAAAGCUUCGAUUGCACAAACAGGGAGGCACAUCUGUACUGAAUCCAGUAAAAGCUGUGAAAUGAAUACUCUGCUGUUGUAUCAGUGCAGUAUAAGUAUAUAAGCAAGCUGUUUUCUAAACUGUAUCGACAUUUAUUUGUAUCAUCAGAAAACAGAAAUAAAAAGGUCUAAUUCAUCAGUCA